GGAGGCAGCAGGAGCAGCAGAUGAUGCUGACAGUGUCUGUGCUGCACGGGAACCUACGAGCCGGAGCAGAACCGAGGGAGUCACGUGAUGCGGAGAAACGCACAGACUGAUCUCCGGUAUACACACAGGACAUUGGCACACAAAAGCUGAAUGGAAAAGGUUCCAAAGACCCCCCUUACGUCUCCUGGCAGUGUCACUUCCUCCAGAGGGCCCAGUGUACCGGGCUCCCCCUCUACCAUCACUGCCCGCAUGGACAGUCGCGUCAUUGGUUAUAAGGAUCUGGCAGCCCUCCCUCGUGAUAAGGCCAUAUUGGAUAUUGAGCGCCCUGACCUGAUGAUCUAUGAGCCACAUUUCACAUACACACUUCUGGAGAACACGGAGACACUCCGCAGCCGUGAGCGAUCUCUGUCUCCUAAGUCAAUAUCACCACCUCCAUCACCCGAGGUCGCAGCACUAUGGGCUGAUAACAAAUCUAUUGUAAGCAGCUCGACUCUACCAGGUCCCCGUGGAGGAAGCAACUCACCUAGAUCAGGAGUGCAGCACUUCCACUGCCCAGAAAUCUCCCAGAAAGAGCCCAACCUGUACAAGAAACCUCCAAUCUACAAACAGAGAGAGUCCGCACUCGCCCACAGGCUAUCUGAUGACCCCAUAUUUGAAAAUUCUAAAUUCCCAGCAGCAAAAGCUCCUGAUCCGAACCAGCUAGCCAAAAUUGAGACGGAUUAUUGGCCAUGUCCUCCUUCCUUGGCUGUUGUAGAGUCUGAAAGACGAUCUCGCAAGGAGUCCCAGCGCAGAGAGCAGAUAAGCGAAGAAUGUGAAGAUGUGAAAGAACUGAGUCAUCGACAGAUAAGGGAGCUGAACAAGAUCCAAUCUAAUCUAGGAAAACUCAUCCUAAAAGAGGAAAUGAUGAAGGGCGGCACUCCAAAAAGAAAAACCCGCUCCCUGCCUGACAGGACACCAAUCUACACGCCUAUACAUUCUGGAUAUGGACGCAGUAGCUUAUCAAGGCUUCUGUCUGCAGAGUUCCAUGUUCCUGACCGACAGAGAGAGAGCACAGGAUUCCAGAAUGGAGAAGGACAAAGGUCCAGAAUGGACAGAGGAAACUCUCUACCCAGCAUGCUGGAGCAAAAGGUAUUCCCAUACGAAACACUGAUAGUAACAAACAGAGGACGUCAAAAACUGCCCCCUGGAGUAGACAGGACUCAACUUGAGCGAUAUCUCUCCACUGAAGAAUUUCUGCGUCUUUUUGGUAUGCCUGUGGAAGAGUUCGUGAAGUUGCCAUUGUGGAAGAAGAAUGAGAUCAAACGGAAACUACUUCUCUUUUAAGUCUUCUAGGAAAAACCUGCCCCCCUUUCAACCCACGGGAAGAGUGGGGCCAACGGGGUUAUAUAAUCAGAAGGACUCUUGUUCCAUUGCCUUGUGAUGGGAUUAAAAAAAGUUUGACUGGCAUGUCUGAUAUGGGUGACGUCACGGGGCUAGAAAUCAAACCCGAACUUACAUCAAACGCCAAUCAUGGAGCCCAGAUCAAGCACCACGGGAAACCCCAGAUUCUCAUUUAGGACCAAAUCAAUAUACACAAUCUAUCUUUUCAUUAUGUAAGUUCAGUCUUCACGAUAGAAUGGGGUCACUUAUACACAAUAGAUACUCUAUAGAAUUCUGUAAUGGCAGAUCACUAAUUACACAGCAGGUACACCGUACGCUACAGGCGGCGAGGACAUUUGUACACACCAUAUGCUUUACACUAAUGUAUAUAACCCUCCUGUACAUAGUAGAUGACAUGCACAGCUACUCACACUGACAUAUCGAAUCACCUAUAGCCUUUAGGGUCUCUCUUCACACUUACAUUUCCAAUAAGGACCGCCUCUAUCGCUCCACAGCUCCCCCAGAUCAGAGAUAUACGACGCAGGCUUUGUACUCCCAACUGUACACUAUCAUUAGUGAGUAGGAGCAGAGGUGCUACCGAUCCCUUUGUUAUAUGCUGCCAGUGCUGUGUGCGUGUGUUUAUGGGUGAGUGCUUUCAGUUUCCUGCAUCCCUGUCUUUCAGUGAACAACAUGGCAGAUUUCCCAAAAUAAAAAAAAUGGCAGCUUAUUUCAUCCUCACCUGCUGCGAGUGGCUUGUGACAUGCUGGAUUUUUUGGUACAUGUUUUUUUCCUUGCAACAGCUGUUCAGACUUAUUGCCCACAGACAUGUUGCAGACCCUUCAUAUCUAUGUUUACGUGUACAUGUACUGAUGCCUUUCUCAUUAAAGUGUACCUGUCACGUAUA